CAUGUUGAUCCUGUAUGGGUUUACAUUAUGAUAUGGUACCAACAUUAUAGUACGAGAAUAUGCCCAUACCAUUAUACUUGCUUCACCAUUAUUAUUCUUUGCAAAUGUGAAAUGGGGACUCAAUUUUGGAUAUGUAGGUUACCUGAUGUGAAUUUAAAGUCUUUUUCAUCUAAACAUGAGCAAUUUUCAGCCGCCAGACCAUAUAAGAGUGUUCCUUUUAUUGUGGGCCUUAUUUAAAACUCGCCCUUCAAAUUCACCCAUGCUCUGCAGUCUAGGGAGAUUUUUUUUUUGGACGUCAAGCGCAUAAUUGAUUUUUAUGUACAUUAUAUCCAACUUUUUAUGUACUUACAAAUAUUAAAAAAAAAAAGCGACUUGAUAGGCGCCUAAAACGGGACCUACUUGCAUUCAUGCAAAUGACUUUUUAACAGUUAUGGGGUCAUUGCGGCUUUCGUACUGCGUGCUAUUCUUUUGUGUUCUUGUUUUAGGUAACUACUAAUCAUUAUUUUAAAGAAUUCAACGAUUCAACUUAACUUAUCUUUUGCAUUGCCUUUAUAAAUUAGCUUUUUAAAUGUCCUUCUAUCUGUAUCAUUACAGCGCGCUAAAUGACCCAUUGGGAACACUAUUUUAUGCAGUAUUUUACCAAUUCACUUAGUAGUACUUAUUCUUAAUACAACAAAACGAAAAACAGCCAACAAAUCUGAGCAAAUGAAGUUUUAUACCCAAAAACCGUUAAUAGUGCUAUUUUUGUUGCCGCAUAAUUAUGCUACUUUUUUCAUAAAUCUAUCGAAGUUUUAAAAACCAUUCGCAUUACGCCCACAACCAUUUUUACUUUAGUUAAACGAUAUGUAAACCUACUUACCCUUACACACAGAAGAAAAAUAUUGCAAAAAAUGACCAUUUUGUACACAAAUAAAAAUUGCCCACACUUUGGUGCUAUUUUUGUUGCCGCAACUGUAUAUAUAUAUGUAUACAUACAAAAUUAUUCGCCAUAAAUUUUAGUAAUUUUUAUCUGUUCAUUUGAAAAUUGAUCAACUCAAAUAAUGAACGUUUUAUUUAUGAAAUAUAUUUGUUCUAUAAUUAAAUACAAAUGUAUUACUUGUUUUGUUAAUGGGUCUGCUAAGUCAAAGAAAUCGUAAAGAUUUGGAUAUUACUAGCACCUUCCUUCGUUCAGAAAAAUAUUAUAGGGUAUGUCCGUUUUGCUUAGUAUAAUUUUUUGCAAAUCUCCUUUUUUUUAGCCAUCGUAGAACUUUUAUAAAACAUGAUUAUGAUCUUUUGCAAAAUAAUAAUAGAAUUAACAUUGAAUAAAUUUAGCGUGGUAAAAGGUUCACAAAAUUAAUUCUUCAAGUUAAUUAAUUUCGAGAUAUUGGCUAACUGAACAUAGAAAGUCUGCAUAUGGUUUUAUUUAAUUCGAUUCAAUUGGGGCUUAUUAAUUUUUCAACCGAUUAUUUAUUAUAAAAUUCAUAUUAUUAGUUACCUUGGUUUUAUCUUGUAAAGUGUAAUACAGUUAAAUAACUUAAUAAUGUAUCUAAGAUAAUAAUUAAGGCUUAUACCAUAUACAAAAUAAAUUUGAUAAAUAUAUUAGCAUCUAACAUACUUUAAAUGGCAUGUUUUUAAUCAAAGAUAAUACCUUCACCAGAUAAUUUAUUUUUAGCUUAAAUGCCGCUAACAAUUUAAUAUAAAUUUUGCUUAAGCUGUCAUUAGCAAAAUUAAUCUCGAUGGUUACCUGCCAACUCCAGUCACCUGUCAGCUCAUGAUAUCAUCGGGCCUCAGCUUAAAUUGUCAUUAACCAAAUGCACCUGGUGUUCCAUUGCUUAAAGCAACCAUAUCCCAAAUUCAGUCGGAGUUUAAACCAAAACGGUCGAUCAUGUACGGAAUUUUUCAUCUCACGAGUGUUCCGAAACUUAACGCCUUAAUUCUGAGAUACAUUUUCCGUUACGCACAACUAAUUGGCGUCAUAUUUUUUUGCCUUAGAAAAAGUAAAGAUGGGGAAAAGGUAUCAAAUUGCAAAUGGAUCAAGUGGAUUGGUAUCACCCAUCGAAUUGUGACCUUCUGUAUCUUCAUUUAUUCGUAUUUUUUGGCUAUAAUUUUAACAAGUCAACCCGCCGCGAAAGUUCUUCAUGUUUUUCGACUUCUACUGAGCAUUCCCAUCGUUGCGCUUAUCUUGGGAUACCAGACUUUACGAGGUCCAGAAAUUAUAGAGCUUUUCAAUCAAUUUCUCCAACUUUUUCGGCAAGUGCGGAACUUGUUUAAACCGAAACCAAAUGGCUUUGGCGGCGGACGAGAGCUGAUUUUGAUCCUGCUAAAUUUGAUCUGCCUUUUCCAUGAGUUAACCUAUAUCUGGGUGGCAGAAAAGAAUUUUUCUUGGUACUUUUGGAUAUUCUGGUGGUGCGACGUUUCUGUUGUCACCGGCACUAACAUGUUCAUUCACCUCAAUUGUAUGGCCUACCUGAGUAUUGGUGUCCUUUAUUCGGAGGUCAAUAAAUAUGUACGUACCCAUUUAGGAACCCAACUUCAGAAAAUGAAUACUGCGACCGACGAAAAAGAAAUAAGAAGAGCACACAAUCGACUGGAAAAGUGCAUACAUUUGUACAAAGAGAUAUAUAAUAUCAGCACUACUUUUCAGAGAAUUUUUGUGUUGCCUCUUUUUUUGGCUAUGAUAAAUAAGCUUUUGCUGAUCACCUCACUCGGUCUCAGGAUGAUUUUGGAUUUAGAGUACAGCAGUUUAAUUUUUUUGUUACUUAUGGUCAAACACAUAUUAGACCUCUUUCUGCUAACUAUUUCUGUUCAGGGUGCAUUGAACCAAUUUUGGAUUAUUCGACGGCCAAACUUGGAGAUCGGCGAGGCUGGUAAACUAAGAAAUUUUCAACGUACGCUGGAAAUAUUCUUCACCCAUCUAAAUAUUUACCAGUUCCGAGUUUCAAUUUUGGGCCUCUGUGAAAUUUCCAACCAGCUUUUCUUAAAGUUUUUAUCCGCACUUACAUGUUGGCUGGCUUUUAUUGCACAAUAUAGAAUGCAGAUAAGAAAUGUUUAUCAGAAUACCUAGACUUAACAAAAAAAAUGCAAUCGAAAAGUUUUAGGGACUCUAAUACUAACUCGAUUUUAAAUUGUAAGCCUCGAAAGCCUCUUAAAAUAAAAUACCUUGUUUUAACUCGUAUUCAUUCAUUUUAAACUAUAUGACAUAUAAGUUAUUAUAUGAUAUAACGAAUCAUAAGUAUGUUUAUAAUAAUACCUAUAUUUAAGAAAUGAAAUCGAAAAGUUUUAAGGACCCUAACAAUAAAUCGAUUUUAAAUUUUAAACCUUGAAACCUUGUAUCAACACGUUUUCAUUACUUUUAAACAGUUUGACAGAUAAGGUAUACGAACCAUAAGGAAUGUUUAUAAUAAUUCCUAGAUUUAUAAAAUAAAGUGCAAUCGAAAAGUUUUGGAGACCCUGAAAUCGAUAAUAAAUUAUAAACCCUUAAAGUCAUGUUUUUAUUAAUUUUAAAUUAUUCGAAACCCAAGUUAUGAUAUGAUAUAACGAAUAAUAAGAAGUAAUUAUAGAUUUA